AUGUCUUCUCUUCCUGAAAUGCAGUAUCGUCAUCUCGGCCGGACAGGGCUGAAGGUUUCUGUCAUCUCACUUGGUAGCUGGCUCACCUACGGUGGUCAUGUUGGAAAUGAAACCGCGUUUGAGUGCAUGAAGACUGCAUAUGAUGCCGGCAUCAACUUCUUCGAUACUGCCGAGGUCUACUCAGGUGGACAAUCGGAGAUUGUGCUCGGAGAAGCAAUUAAGAAAUUUGGAUGGAAGCAGAAUGACCUGGUGAUCUCUACCAAGAUCUACUGGGGUAAAGCUAAUAGCGCCAAUCCCGACAAACCACUCAAUAACAACGGCCUCUCAAGAAAGCACAUUAUCGAGGGUAUGAACCAGUCUCUCAAGCGACUGGACCUUCCAUAUGUGGAUAUUGUCUACGCCCACCGCCCAGACCGUGACACACCAAUGGAAGAAGUGGUCCGGGGCUUCAACUACCUCAUUGAUAACGGCAAGGCCUUCUACUGGGGUACGUCGGAGUGGUCCGCCAGCGAGAUCUCGGAUGCCUGGCGCAUCGCCGAUAGACUGGGUCUCGUGGGGCCUGUCGUCGAGCAGCCACAGUAUAACCUGCUUGUUCGCGAGCGCGUGGAGAAGGAGUACCGCUGGUUGUACGAGGCACAUGGACUCGGUCUGACAAUCUUCUCGCCGCUGAAGGGUGGUGUUUUGACGGGCAAGUACAAUGGGGCUGCAGAACCACCGGCGGGAUCAAGAAUGGCGGAGUCUGAGGAUGGAUAUGUGAAGGGUUGGCGCAAGACUGUUGGGAAUGAUGCGUGGACUAGGCAGUUGGAACAGACGGCUGCUUUGAAGCCUAUCGCCGAGGAGUUGGGUAUUACAACUGCUCAGCUUUCUUUGGCGUGGAUUUUGAAGAACCCUAAUAUCUCUUCUAUGAUUACUGGUGCUUCGCGACCGGAGCAAGUGCUUGAUAAUAUUCGUGCUUUGGCGGUUGCGGAUAAGUUGACUCCGGAGGUGUUGGAGAAGAUUGAGAAGGCAGUUGAGAACCAGCCAGCUGAGGAGACACGGAGGUUCUAG